GCGGCUACGGGUACAUGCAUCGCAGCCCGUGGAAGUGCAGCGGCUGUCCCCGGAGCAUCACGACAGGGAGGCGCCUUGGAAGCCGCUCUGGUCCCUGGUGGCGGCCGCAGCCCAGGGUGCGAACGGUUCCGCCCCGGCGCUGCGUGGCGGCCUGCGCAGCUCCGGCUGUGUGGUGAGGAGGGCCGUGAGCGUGACAACGGCUGCAGGAGAGAUGACAUCGGUGACGAUCGAUCUGUUGGAGCUUCGGGCGGAGGGUGUCGUGGUACUUCUCCUGGACAACACCUUUGCGAAGCAGGCCUUGCUCUUCGAAGGUGCAGUGGAGGGCAACUUCGUGGUCACACAGACCUCUCGUGGACAGCAGGUGGGAGACUGGUGCGAGGAAAGGAACGAGGAAAGCUUCAGUGCCGGAGCCCGCACGCAGUGGCGCCGCUUCAAGGUGGAGGAUGUUGUGCCCCCAGCCUCGCGGCAGAUGCUCUCGAUACACUUCGCAACAGGCACCGAUUGGGAGACCGAGUUGCUUAGCAUGAAGGCCGUGGUUGUCCCGGUGGCGAUGGUUGGGGCUCGGCCUGCGAACCACCCUUUCGCCCCGUACGCCAUCCGUGGCGAGGACUCCCUGCCACCGGGCCUGGCCGUGGUCCCGGAGAGUACUGGCGAAGGGUUCGCUUCCGGAGGACCGUCGUCGGAAGCUGCGGAGUCGCAGGAGGACGCGGAGCUGCAGUUGGCUCUGCAGCUGUCGAUGCAGGAAAUGCAGGAACGGGAAGCUCAGCCGAAAGUCAGAGAGCCGCGCCAGCGCUGGGGGCGCCGCAACAAGGCCGAAGCCAGCGGAAUCAACGGAGGCAGCGGACCGAACAGUUGCUCCAUCUGCUGCGAGCUUCUGGAAGGGCCUUUGGCGGCCAUGCAGUGCUGCGCCAAAGUCUGCCGGACCUGCGCCGCGCGCUGGGCUGCAGAGCAGGAGGCACAGGGCCUCGCUGCCACGGAGAUCCAGUGCCCCCAGUGCCAAGCUGCGGUCGAAGAGGCGGUGCUCCGGCGCCUGCUGAGCAAGGAGGCCUUUCAGCGGGCCAAGGAGCGCCUGAGGCCACGGCAAAAAGCCGCUGCCUUUCGGCCCGACAUCGCCAGCACGACGAUGGCGCGCCUGGGUCUGAAGCAAUGCCCAGGCUGCGGAGAAGGUCUACAGAAAGAGUCCGAGACCUGCCACAAGAUGAUCUGCCGCAGCUGCCGCGCCCGCUUCUGCUUCCGGUGCCUCACGCGCCUGGAGUACUUCAACUGCGGCUGCACGGGUGCAGAGCACCGCUUCGUGGAUCCGGUAGACGGCCGGUUACUGCUGCACCAAUAG